AUGUCGUCGAAAUCUAAGGAAUAUCUACAAUUGCUGCUGAAAAAUGUUACAACUGAAGUACAGGAAAUCUCUAUUCUUUGUGCGCAAGGUCUCGCGUCAUUUACCUGGCUCUGGCCGCUUCGGGGCAUUUACUUUGCCGUCAACUAUCCCUCUAUUUUACUCUCAGUGCGUGGAGCGCUUGCCAAGUCGCUCGUCUCCUCGGCGAUUAUCUUCGGUAUUCUGGCCCUGCUCACGUACUCUCCACAAGUCGCACUCCUCGCCCUCUUUACCGGCCCGCUCGCACCCAUCCUCGCGCUUCUUCUCGUCAGCGUCGAGUCACUCGUACUUCUCUGCGCACUAACGCGCCCGCUCUUCCUGGAUCCGGCACUCGUCCACCUCUUCGACGCGACCCUCCUCGCGCGGGGCCAGGCACAGCUCGUCCGGGAAGGCAAGACACGCGCGGGAGCGCCCUCCCAAGUCUCGAGCACUCUCGUACGCCCGUUAAAGGCGCUCUCGUCCGACGGCGUCGUGCGCUACGUCCUCUCCCUCCCGCUCAACCUUGUCCCCGUCCUCGGCACCGCCGCGUUCCUGCUGUACAACGGCGACCGCAGUGGUGCCGGCUGGCACGCGCGAUACUUCCAGCUGAAGGGGCUCUCGAAGUCUCAGAGGAGACAAUUCGUCAAGUCCAGAAGGGCGCAGUAUGCUGCGUUCGGUACAGCAACGCUGCUGUUCAAUUUCAUUCCGUUUGUCGGGCUUGUGUUCAGCUUCACGAACACGAUUGGUGCCGCUAUGUGGGCGGCGCAGAUCGAAGCGCAGGCUAAUCCCAUUGGCGCGGAAGAAAAGGUAGCGGACACUCUCAAGACACAGUGA